CCUCGCUAUUUCAGACCUAUCGAAAGACUUUAAGAGGAAUCUGCGUGCUCUUUGUAGACAUGUGUUUGACGCUAAUAAGCUCGUCCCAAGAUCCAUCAAAGGGAGGCCUUUCACUUUUAAGGACUUCAUCAUCCAAUUCAAGACAUGUUUCACAAUGCUUAAAGAAGGGACACUCUCAGAAGUCCAGUCGGUAUACAACGUAACGAUGUUUCUUCACAACAUCAGAGUUCUGCAAGGUAUACAGAAAAGCUAUGAGUCAGGCCUGGAGCAGGAGUUGCCGAGAAUAAUGCGGAGCGAAAUAGUACAAGACCUGCUGAAGGACGUCCACAGUCAGCUGAAAGAUUGUAAUAUGUCACAGUUGCAGGACGCUCCAACGAAGCUAGUGGGAGAUGAUAUGGAUGCUUUUCGUGACCAGCUUUCUCAGAUGAUGGACACUUCCUACAGAGCCAUUUGGAGCGCAGUUCAGGAAACUCAAGAACUCUGUGCAUCACGGUGCAGUGACAAGUGUAAAGAAGAUUUUGAGUUAGAACGGCAAAAGGCAGAAGCUAUAGAUGAACAGGUGAACAACGUUGAAGGCGAUUAUAAGAGAAAAAUGAGUCUGAAACUCGAGGAGAUAAAGAAAAGCUCCCGUCCAGUCGAUGAUGUCGAAGCUGAACACAUGAGCCUGAAAGAAGCUCUAUCAAAGGUCCCAAAAACACCCAUGGAGUGGAAGGAUAGGCAAUAUUUUAAGGACAUGCUCUCUAGCAAGAUCGAAUAUUCCUACGCCUCCAUCGCGGAUCCUGUUGUUACAAGCAUAUUCGAUGCACAGAUUAAAGAACUUGAAGGUCAACGUGAUCAGCUGGCGGAUCCGACAAAGGAGCGGAAGAUGGAUAAGGAUAUAGAAGAAAAGGUACAAGCCAGGAGUAAGUUCAUCAAAGAGAUGCAAGAAAGGCGCGAGCACUACGAGGACCAGACACGAAAUCUGGAACAGCGGAGAAAGGAACAGAUCGAAAAGAUGAAGGCAAGCUUUGAGAAGAACGAAGAGGACCAGAAGAAGCAGGAGCGCCAGCGUCCAAAGAGUGCGGAGCAGUACAGGACUUACAUGCAACGCAUCUGCGUCGAGUUCAUGACGCGACAAGAAGUUGAUCUGGCUGAGGUCCACAAGCAGAAACUAGCAGACGACCUCAUUUCUGACGAUCUGUUCCUCUCGAAGACUCUUGGAGCUUUUAUGGCCAUAUAUAAGAAGACCGAACCUAAUGCUUCGACAAACCCGUGAACCUGGUGGACCAAUCGCUCACGCCAAAGGUGGUAAAGGUCUACUAUGGCAUACUUAGGGUCUGACAUUUUCGGGUGUAAUACACUUCAUGGCUUCUAGGGGGAGAUCGGGUGCUAUUGAUACAGCUGGGCGUUAUGGGGCUACUUUUUUUAUAUGUGUCCAGCACGCGACCCGCCCUUAAAGGUGCAAACAUGCCGUGCUAGAUUCAGUCACUAACAUUAGUUGUUUUAACGUUAAGUACAGGCUGAAACUAAACAGUGCUCGUGAUACCUGAUACAGUGUAAUACGUGAUUGCGAUUCGGGGAGAAAUCAGACUUAGCCUGAACAUAUCCGAAACCGAUUUUCAAGAUAAACGGAAGGAAUCGGGCUCAAAACGAGAAACUCAGACCUCAAUUAUCCUUCAAACCAAAACAGAGCUCCUAUCUGUCGUAUCGGGUACCCAUGUAGUGACUGAUUGCAAAUAAAGUUGGCACAGGAUUCAA